UGGCUGAGGUGGCCCCGAAUCGUGAACUAAGGGCACCAUGUUUCUGCUGUGGUACGAUUAUGAAGAAACUGGGCUUAAGUUUGCUGUGCGGAGACAGCAAUAGCUUGAAUAGACGCACAAUACCUAUACAAUUGUAUUCAUAGACUGCACAUACUGAAUCAGGUCGGGAUGUUUAGAGGCCUGGGAAAGGAAGAGUAGCGGGCGUGGUGGCAGAAUAUAUGACAUACUUGACCCAAUAUGUUAGUCAACCAUGGCAGAGUCAUCGAUCGAUCAGAAGUCGGAGACCGGCAUACCGAGAGAAUGUCCGCGAGGGUGACGCUUGAGAAUAAAGUGCCGCUGCAGCGGCGGUCCUCGUCCAUGGCUCUUGUCCCCGGGGAAGCGUCGGAGGACGGAGACUUCGUCACUCUCCGGGCCCAUAGAGAUGAGAGAAGAAAAGUGAAGACACAAGUUAUAGAGCUACCAACAAUAGACGAGCAGCCCGACCAGUCAAAGAAGCUCUCUCAUAGUGACAUCUCUGUCCACGAGAAUUUAAAUGCACACAAAGAAGCCACUGUUGCCCAUGCAGACUUCAGAGACGAGUUGUUUGCUGCGGUACAAGAGGGAUCUGUGGAAACACUGAAAAGUAAGAUCAUUCGUCUCCCGUCAGACCUACCAAUCACAAGCGAAGCUCUUCGGAAGCUGAAAACCCGUGAAAAUAUUCUUCAUUUUGCUUUUGAAAAUGGCAAGAAGGAAAUAGUUGAGUAUUUCCUUAACAACUUCGACCCGAAAUUAACGGCGAGGUUGAUUGGUGAAGAUUACGAAGUGUUUAUGGGAAAUCUACAUGGAAAGAAAACCAUUCUCCACAAGAUCACCGAAAUGAAAGACAUAGAAUUAGCAAGACAAGUUGUCAAGAAAAUGUCCGUCUACAACAAGAACACCCUGAUGAAGCUUCUGAAGCUCGAGACGCCAGUCCAGAUAGCAGGGCAAAGACCAAGGACCUUCCCGUGCCUCCAUCUCGCGGCCUUCCACGGCUACACAGACUUUGUCCAGUUCUACCACGACUGUGGCAUGGAAGUCAAUCAUAUCAACGCAAAGAAGGACACAGCCUUGCUCUGGGCAGCCAGAUGGGGCCAUGAGGCCACAGUGAGGGUGUUAUUACAAAGAGGAGCAAAGCCAAAUCUGGAAAACGACAAAGGUUCUACAGCUUUAUAUUGGGCAGUUAGAUACGGAUUUACUGGAACGGUAAAACUUUUAGCAGAGGAAGGUUCUGCCAAUGUCAACCAGACAAGAAAGCUCGGACUUGUUGCGCCCAUAGUGUUGGCUUCUGCUCUGGGACAUGACGAGAUCGUCAAGGUAUUGCUGAAAAAUGGGGCAGACGUGAAUCAUGUGAUCAGAGGCAGAGAGCGCCCUAUACAUCACGCAGCACGGGAAGGCAACACAAAUGUUCUUCUGACUCUGCUGAACAAUGGCGCCUCUAUUGAUGAGACUGAUGAACGUGGCGACACAGCACUUAUCCUCUCUGCCAGAUACGGGCACGUGCAGAUCCUGGCUCACCUUAUUAAACAUGGAGCCGACAUCAACCACAAGAACCACAACGGAGAAGGUGUGUGGCAUUUCGCAUUUGAAAAUGACACAAGCCGAAUCCUAGAGAUCCUCAUCCAAGUCCUCCAAAACAUGGGCUUUUUGAAGCCAUCUGAAGAAAAUAAGGACAAAUUAACUUUCACCAAGAAUGUCAAAUCUCCCAUUCUUCAAGCAGCCAGUCUUGGUCUUGUUGACAAAAUAAACAUGUUGCUGGGUCUAAAUCUUGACCCAACAGCAUGUGAUGAAGAAGGAAAUUCAUUGCAUCAUCACGCAGCCAUGUCAAAUGAGUUUGAAGUGAUUAAAACAUUUCAUUCACAGUACAGCAUCGACGCUGAAAACACCAGAGGUCACACGGCACUACAUCUAGCGUGUAAACAUGGCCAUCACGAAACUAUCGAAGUACUCAUUCAACUAAAGGCAAAAGCAGGUGUAAAAAAUCUGAUGGGUGAAACGGCUCUCCACACGGCUGCAUCGUCCGCAUCCAUUCGCCCUGAAACAGUUAAGAUGAUUCUGGAGUAUGUUAUCAAGAGCCACACAUGGGAGAGUCUCAAUGUCAGGGACAACAAGGGCAAUAACCCACUGCACACUGCGGCAGAAUUUUCCUCUCCUGACGUCCUUUGGGAGUUCCGUUUUGUUCGACUCAAAGAUAAAGAUGAAAGGGGAAAUACUCCAAUGCAUUUAUCAGUGCGUCAAGACGAACCUGAAGUGUUAGACACCAUGCUGGAUAUCUACGAGACUAUGAAGAGAGAUGUGGAUAUCAAUGAGCCAAAUGAUAUUAAGGAAACAGUGAUGCACCUGGCCGUCAUGGCAGGAUUUGACGAAGGAUUGAAUCGUCUAAUUCUUUUCGAGUCUGAUCUGAGUUUACAAUGCAAAGAAGGAAACACUGUUCUCCAUUGUCUUACAAAUGCAAUGGUUGAUAACCCAACGAAAGUUCACAUGUAUUUGAAAGUGCUUGAUGUUAUCAUGCACCAAGCUGUCAGAUGGUGGUGUAUUAAAAAUGGCCACCGCUUCCCUGAUGACAACCGAGAUCAGUAUCUUCAUUACAAACGCCAGGCUGUUCAUCAUCUGACAACCGGGAUCUACAACAAAAGUGACCUGAACGUUUUAUCCCUGGCAUGUCGUGUCGGUUGUGUGCAGGUGGUGGAGAGAAUAAUGCUGAUGGAGCAUGUCAUGUGUUUCAGUUUAGAGAAGAAAACCAGAUACGACAUCACUCACAUCACGCCUAGAACAAACGACUCUUUGGCCGGCAUGCGCGGCAGUGGGAAGGUUGUGCCCAGACCAUCCUGUCUGGAAUGGCUCCUGUCUACAGAAUCUCCUGAACGAGCUGCCAGAGUCCUUGAUAUCGCUCCCAUGAGGGAGAUAGAGAGGGUUUACAGCACUGUCGCUGCAGUCACCUACUUCCUAAUCAUCGUCCUCCACAUUCUGUACAUGACACUCUUCAGUAUUUCUGCUGUUGCCCUCGGUGAGAAGAGAAGGAAGACUCCAAAUGAUGACUCCCUUGAUGCCGCGACUGUGAUCUUCUAUGCAAUUGUGCCUAUCGAGCCCGCCCUGCUUUUGUUAUACAUGUCCUACUCAUUCAUUAAAGUGCUAUGUCAGGGAGAGUUCACAAUGAAAUACAGACUUCAGAGAGGCUCAAAUGAUCUUACGUCGCUUAUAGUCAGAUACUCUUCAAUCAUUAUGUCAAUUAUGUAUUCAGUUCUUGUAUUUGUGUGGAUGGGACUCUACAGAAGCAAGUAUUCACAUCACGACUACAUCUUGGCCCCGGCCCUUCUAAUUGGCUGGUUCAUGACCAUAACAUACACCAGAGGGUUCCGGCCUAUCCACUACUUCUGGAGGAUGAUCCAGAACAUGAUUAUCAGAGACGUUAUGAAGUUCAUCUUCAUCUACUGCUUCGUCCUCCUUGGGUUUUCCUUUGCGCUACACGUUCUGUUCCAAGCAUCCGCGCAAGUUAUUGAGAGCUACCCUAACCCUCUGUACACCAUGUUCCUUACUUUCAACCUCAUGUUGGGCAUGGCUGAUCUGUUCGAUGCUUCCUUUGAGACCAAUAUGGUUCUAGCAGGAAGACAUACAGUGUAUGCCAAGGUUAUAUUUGUGGUGUAUAUGGUCCUUGCUGCUAUCGUUCUGCUGAAUCUACUCAUAGCCAUGAUGAACACGUCUUACUCGGCCAUCUUGCAAAGGCAAACACUGUCAUGGAGGAUUGAAUCAGUGCAACUCGGAGUUGAUCUAGAGAAGGCCAUUCCUGCUGCAUCCAAACUUUUCGGAGGUGGAAAACUGAAGAAGGGCCACAUUGUUCCAGAAAGAAAAAGCCCGGGUGAUGUCAAAUGGUUCAUCGAGGUUCACAAAUCUACACAGACACCUGCUCUAAUAGAAGACGAUCCAGAGAUGGAGGCGGUGAAAGGCUUAACGGAAAGGGUCAAGGCUCUGGAGGUCAAGGUCACUGAACAGAUGAAGCAGGUUCAGCAUACCUUGGAUGAGAUUCACCAUGAAAUAAUCACAAGAAAGGGGAAAUAACUCCAUGUAUGUGUUUUGGGAAAGUAGAGAUAAAGGAAUAUUGCAACUAAUGAUAUCAUUUCCAAAUCAUACAAUUGCUUUUUUGUAUCUACAUUCUCUUUUGAUGAGAUGCUACAUAGCAGACGAAUCACUGAACUUCUGAAGAUUCCCAAAUGUUCAGCUCCAGACAUUCACUUCUGACCUACGAGAAGCAUUAAUAGAUAAAGCGUGUAUAUUUUAUAUCAAGCCACACAAACUAGCAUGUAAGGAUGUUUAGCAUAAAAUAAGUUUGAAUGUAUACAUGUGUAUAUAUUUAAGUUGACAACCGUUUUCCUGUUUCACCUUUGUGCCAUGUGCCAUCAUUUGUUUACAAAAGGGCUUAACUCUUGUAGCCUUCUUGCAUACCACUAAUAAUACAGUAACCUCUUAAAAAGAUGUACGAUUUGAAAAUAGAAUGUUAUGCUAAUGGCAAUAUCGCCAUGCACUUACGGAUUUUACGGGUAUGGCGCAGCCGAUCUUUAUUCCCGACCAGUUGUAUUGUAAUAAGAUUAGUUUUCCGCUUGGAAUUAUGUUUUUUAUUACCUUUUUUCGUAUUUUGAUAAAGAAUAAUUUCCUCCAUACACUCAAAUAUACGUAACCGUUCUCAUAUGGGCAGGUUUCAAAUUCCCUAGUUACGAGUCCUCAUCCAGAUGACUGAAUCUAUUUAUAGCCGAUACCGUGUUGACUGUGCCCUUUUAUAAGCAAUCUAUAUUUCUGCACAAAUGGUAUUUUCGGAAUACCUUUUUCCCAUAUAGAAAAGACAACACAUCGUAAUGAGCUGACACAUCUCAGUUCAUGUGAACAGAGAAACGGUCGUAGUAAAACUGAGAAACUGCCUCCCUGUUUGAACACGUUAGCAAGGAUUCUCAAUUCAACACUGCCGGGCAAACUAAGUCUACGCCAUGUCUGAUGGUGGCUUAAAUUAUUAUUAUUAUUAUUAUUAUUAUUAUUAUUAUUUACUACCGUUGCGAAUAGAAUACCGGAAAACCUGGCAAAUCAAUACAGUACAGCUCCAUCUAUGUUGUUGGAAUCAAGAGGGUAUUUCAGUGUUUCGGUGACUGUGUUCAUUCGGUAACGUUUUGCAAACGUUUGUAAUAUUUUUGUCAAAUCCAUUUUUGAAGUGAAGACUCCCUGUUGCCCUGUUGUUUAUUAUGGAUGCGUGAUAUUUGUAUGUCAUCCCAUGCUGGUAAAGCUAAUUGCAAGUGUCGGCGUAGAAUGAAUUGUGAUAUACGAACACCCUAUGCAAACGACAACAUAACAAAAAGCAGGCUCAUUAAUGCUCAGCUGCUAUCAAAGCGGAUGUGAUAUAUUUUAGAUCAGAAGCCUUAUUAUAUAUCAUGUAUAUUUUUUAAGUUGAAUAUAUUUCCCUAUUGUUCACUUUGUUAUUGUUAAAAUAUUGCUCGUUCUCAUUGUUAAUAUACGGGGAUGAGAGGGUUUUAUUUUGACAAAAUAAAUAUGUUUCA